AUGAAGACGUUCACUCCGCUGCACUUGCAGCGAUCAGAUUUGCACGUGUUAGUUUCACAGCCAUGUUCCGCUGGCAGACUUGACUUGUACAUACAGGGGGAAGACGGCCAGCAGGGAACUGCAGAUCCGGUCCGACUGUUAAUCGUUAUCUUCGCGUCCUGCACAGUCGCGCUGGAUAGGCGAAAGUAUGGGGCGAAACGGAAAAGGCCACAAGGCCUUGAGUCCGCAAAAGACGUGACUCGGCCGUCUGCAAGCGUGAUGUGUCAUGAGUGCCUUACGGACAUGAUGGUGUGUUGUUCAGGCAAUCGCAAGGUUUUGGUGGCCGAAGAGGACAUCGAUGUGAUCUUGCGUGCGUUGGAUGAAGAGGAGCGGCUGCAAGCUGCGAGACGUGCUAUGCGCUCAAAGAAGAGCAUGGCAGUGGAGUUGGUCUCGACUUUGCCUCCGGUGCCCGCGGCCCCAAAGCAGAAGCAAGCGCACAAACGUCGUCGCUCGAGCACGGCUUGUCUUACGGUGCCCGUGGCCCCAAAGCAGAAGCAAGCGCACAAGCGCCUUCGCUCGAGCACUUCCGAGGAUGAGGACAUCGAUGCUAUCCUGCGUGACCUCGACGAGAAGGAGCAGUGCCAAGCUGCAAGACGUGUUCUGCGCUCCAAAAAGGUGCAAGACUUCAUCUACGACUACCUUUCGUUUCGGCUGGUGACCCAAGAGCAAAUCCAAUCACGAUUCGCUGAGCUUCAAGGUGCCUUCUCGCGCCAGCAGCUAGUGGAGGUAUGUCCGGCUGAGUGUGAUUGUCGGUUCUGGUAA